AUGUUGGUGAUCCGCGGCAUUCGGUUUGGUGGGGUCGAGCUGCACUUCAAGGCGCCGAAUCAUCUCGUCUUUUGUAUGCGGUCAGUGGCCGUCCUAUCCUGCGAUUGGAUUCCGGGAUUCCCCUCCCGGUUGGUUCCCUCCCUCUCCGCAGGCACUUCGGCCCCGGACCUCCAUCACCGGCCGACACCUGCCAUCGACAGUCGGUAG